AUGACUACUAUAUCAAAAGCGAUAUCAUGUCAUGUACGACUUCGCCCUUCUCACCCGAACGAUGGAAAGACCAAUCCCGAUAGUAUAAAGAUUAGUGGCAAUAGAAUUGAAGCGUUGAACAAGGAAGGGGACAAGAGAUAUCAUUUCGAUCUUGAUAAAUGUCUCGGUCAGACCAGUACCCAGGAAGAGAUAUUCGGCAGCGUACGACUACUUAUUGAACAAGUAUACAAUGGUCAGAAUAUCACCAUAUUCACUUACGGAGUGACAGGGUCGGGUAAAACACACACUAUGCAAGGCUCGAGAAGCGACCCGGGAAUCAUUCCAAGGACUGUGCAAGCAAUCUUUCAGAAACGAUCAGAAAUGCGAUCAUCAAUAUCGAACAUUGCUUUUUCUUAUGUAGAGAUACUCAAAGACGAGGUAUAUGAUCUAUUAGGUGAUCGAUUCGAGCCACGAAAAAGGGACAUAAGGAUGUCAGCCGAGGGUCAAAAUAUAAUCUCAGACCUGAUCGUACAACCUAUCAACUCUGUGACAGAGUUUGAGAUUUUAUACGACGCUGCCUCCAAAACACGUAAAACCGCAUGUACCAAGCUCAAUUCGUCCUCUUCCCGAUCGCAUGCCAUUUUAACGCUCUAUCUCGAUAUGAUCGAAGACCAUAAUCCAUCAAAUCGAAAAAGUGGUAAAAUUUGUUUGACCGAUCUUGCUGGAUCUGAGAAUAACAAUCUCACAGGAAAUGACAAAGAGCGAAUGCGAGAAAGCUCUGCUAUCAACACAUCAUUAACGACCCUGGGCAAAGUAGUAGAUGCUUUGAAUCUGAUUGCUGAGAGGGGAAACCGAGAUUCGGCGGGAGUAUUCAUCCCAUACAGGGAAUCGAAGUUGACCAGAUUGUUGCAAGAUGCUCUUGGAGGUACUUCUCAGGGAUUGUUGAUCUGCUGCUUAGCUCCUGGCGAAAAAUUUGCCAGAGAUACAAUCAACACUUUACAGUUCGCUAGAAAGUCUAAAGCUGUCGAAAAUCGAAUACCAGUCGUAGACAAUAGUCAACGAAGAGCUUCCGCACCUCUUCCUCGCGCUAUCAAGCCGAUCAACGGUAAUGCAGCUUUCAAAGUGCACGUCGCACCCAGACAAUCUGCACCAACAGGCGGUCGAACUGCCCUGUCUAGUAUUUCAACUAAUUACAGACCAGCGAGAACGAUGAUGGGCAGAAACCAGACCGGCAAAGAGAACGGUCUGGGCGUUUUCGUCAAGCAGGAGAAGGGAUCGGAUCUAAAGGGAUUGACGGACGAGCUGCUCGAUCAGAGGAUUCAGAAGAUUGUCAGUCAAGAGAUGGAGAAGGAGAGGACCCCUCCCUCGACCGCGAAUCGAUCAUCAAAUGUCAUAUCAGAGCUGCCUAAAACUGAAAGCUCGAACGGACAAAAUGAUGUCGACCCACUGUCUGCUGCAGACAGAGAUGCAAGAGCUAGAGUGAUUGUCUCCCAUGCUAGGAAAUCACAUCAUAGUGGUGAUCUUCAACAAGCCUUGUCACUAUACAGAAAAGCUUACGAGUACGUGCCGUCCAAUAGAAAAUUGUCAAUCAGAAUAACCGAAAUACAGCUUGCUCUGGAAGGUAUAUUACCUCCAGAACCGAAAUCGCAACAGACAGAUGAGAUAAGGAAGAGCGGGAUGAAGAGAUCUUUUGGACAUUUAGAUAAUCUUGCUGAUACCAGUCAAGAAUCACCGAUGAAGAAAGGGAAAUCCUAA